CCUUGGGAUUGGGGCUCUCCUCUUUUCAACUGUUUUCCAGUCCUCAAGGGAGAAAAUAAACUUAACGAUGAAUACAAUGGGAAAAUACUUUGUUCUACGGGAAGAUAUCGUUAUAUCCUGAGUGGGAUUAGAAGAGGUUGGGAGGCAGGACUAAAGGUGUAUUUACAGUAAGCACUCCGAGAAAUAACUGGCUAAAAGUGUUCGGGCUUUUGAUGUGUUUUUACAGAGCAGCAAAAGCAUAAAGGGCCCCCGCGUUAAACAUAUGUUAGAACACAAUGUUCGGAUCCUUAAAUUUGAUGCUAAAGUACAUAUAUUUUGUUCCUGUUUCCUUUGAAAAGUGUCUUAUUUGGUUUUUAAAAGAUUUUAUUUUGCAAAAGAAAACCUCAGGCUUCCCCGGAGGUCCAAGGAGGACUUGACACAUCGUCUAACCACAAGAGAGCAGUCUUCCCUUUGAUGAGCGCUUCUUCUCCACCUCCCCAGAAAUGAAAGAGCAGGGGUAUGUUUGCAAACACUCUGAACGCUCUUUCCUUCAGCCCUGAACGCCGGAAACCACAAGGGCAGUCAAGUCUGGAUUUUCAAGGAGAACGCCGGAGUAAACUUUCGCUCUGCUGGCCAGCCGAUCGGCCAGUGCCUUGGGAGGGUCUCUGCUCAAUUCCUGAACAAGUUCGGGCUCCCCGACAGCCACACUUGCUGACCCAGGAGUGAAUUACAGAAAUUGGGCAGCUUUGAAAGAUCAAUCUGCUUAAAGUUCGAUCGUCUAUUCAGGCUGGGGACCCUCUGUUAACUCUUGAACUAAGAUCAGAGGGGGCACAUGGAUACAAGCGUGGAUGAGGCGCUUCCUCGAUCUUUGCUCCUUCUUCUCUGAAGCUUUAUCAAGACCCGAGGAGACACACCAGCUUCGGAAAUCAUGCAACGUUCCCUCCAAGUGUGCUCAGGUACCUAGCUUCUGGACCUAGAAACUUCUCCAAAGACAAACCGGGAAGUCUGGAUGGACCAGCAUCUCGGCUACGACAGCUUCCAGUCUGGUCUUCAAGGUGAGAGUGUCAUCCGCGUGCUUUUCCGCAGAAAAUGGAAAAACGCAAAUCGGCCGGGCUGCUUGCCCUGCCGUCUCCGCUACGUACGGCGUCCCUGGGCGCGCUGCCUCGGAGGGAGCCCUGCAAAGUCUCUGUGCGCCAGGAAGCCGUGGACUGCGCUCGGAGAGUGCCAUGCCCGUCCCUGCCGCUGGGGGGCGUCGCCGAGCCCGCCUUUCUGCGCCAACGCAACGAGCGCGAGCGGCAGCGCGUGCGCUGUGUGAACGAGGGCUACGCGCGCCUCCGCCAGCACCUGCCGCGCGAGCUGGCUGGCCGGCGGCUCAGCAAGGUGGAGACGCUGCGCGCCGCCAUCAGCUACAUCAAGCAACUGCAGGAGCUGCUGGAGCGCCACCUGCCAGACUGCAACAGCGAUGGCGAAUCCAAAGCGUCCUCCGGGGCCUCGCCCUGUAGCGAGCCUGAGGAGCGUGGCUAGCAGCCCUCUCGCCCCCAGGCUUUCAUGGUUGCUUCUCGGGGCCUAAAUCUUUAAAACAAAAGCCAGAAAACAACUAAGUGCUUCUGGAUCUGAGAAAGAAAGGUAAUAUAAUGUUUAGAGGGUUUGGGGUCCCCCCCCUCCACCUUCAUUGGUUCUGAGCUUGCAGCUUACAAAUGCUUAAGGAAACUCAUUUCUCGUACUUCUGAAGCACAAAAGGACCAUCUCAAAUCUAUGCGGCGAUUUUAAAAAAACAAAGGGCUGUAAGAAACCUUAGCCAGAGAAGAAAACCACACACGCGCGCGAGCGCGACAGUACUUCAUGUGAGAGGAACAUUCCUCACUCAUUCCUUCCUAUUGGGAAAUGCCCUGGAAAUCUAAUCAACACUUCACUGAGGGUGAAGGUGGCUGAGCUGACACUCUAUCAGACGUUUGUGGGGCGUCUGCUGGACCUGAACAUCACCGUGCUAAAAAGGACAAUUCUUGACACAUACUUGCUUUGUCGGCAAGAGGUCGAUUGGAAACUUUAGCAGGUAAUAAAGUGUCGCGAUGUUAAUGAUCUUUUUGGAGGAGACCUGAAGGGCCAUCUUCUCUCCUAGUUUCUGCCCACUGCUUCGCUUGCCUGCCCUUUUCUCUCUAUAUCCCCCUGUACAGGUCUCAUCCGGUCUAACAUUUGGUUGGAAAAAAAUAAAAAAGCAAAUAUGCAUAAGU